GUGGGUGCUACGGGAAUGAUUGGCAGGCGAGCAGCCAAUCAGCGGCCGUCGCUCUUCCGGCUCCACGUCGGCAGCGGCGGAGGCAAAAUGGAGGCGCUGGUGCUGGAGCCGUCCCUGUACACGGUCAAGGCCAUCAUCAUCCUGGACAACGACGGCGAGCGGCUCUUCGCCAAGUACUACGAUGACACGUACCCCAGCGUGAAGGAGCAGCGCGCCUUCGAGAAAAACAUCUUCAGCAAGACACACCGCAGUGACAGUGAGAUCGCGCUGCUGGACGGGCUGACCGUGGUGUACAAGAGCAGCAUCGACCUGUACUGCUGUGUCAUCGGGAGCGCCACCCAGAACGAGCUGAUGCUCACGGCCGUGCUCAACUGCCUGUUUGACUCGCUGAGCCAAAUGCUGAGGAAGAACGUGGAGCGCCGGGCGCUGCUGGACAACAUGGAGGGGCUGUUCCUGGCCGUGGACGAGAUCGUGGACGGAGGGGUGAUCCUGGAGAGCGACCCCCAGCAAGUCGUGCACCGCGUGGCCGUGCGGGGCGAGGACGUGCCCCUGACGGAGCAGACGGUGUCGCAGGUGCUGCAGUCGGCGAAGGAGCAGAUCAAGUGGUCCCUGCUGCGUUAGGGGGACCCCCCCGGGACCCCCCAAACCUCCUGGGACCCCCAGGACCCCCCCGGGACCCCCCUGGGACCCCCCAGAACCUCCUGGGCCCCCCCCGUGGCCCCCAACACGCCGGUGCCCCCCCCA